AUGACAAGUCUCAAGAGGGCGCACGAGGCCGGGCCUCUGGCCUCCAACAUCUCUAGCAAAACCUAUGUCCGAUCCACCCGCAGUGGCAAGGUCCAAAAGAUUGUGAGAGAAGUCUACCUCAGAACAGAUAUUCCCUGCUCGUCACAGCUAUGUAAAGCGUGCUUGGAGUUUGCGCCUCGAAGUGCUGCUGGUCAAGCUGAUUUGCUAGUUCAACCGUUUGUCCUCUCUGAUAAGCCUGCGGGCACCAAGGCUUUCCCGCGCGGCCAUUACCUGGUGCCCGACACCAAUGCGCUGCUGAAUGGCAUGGAUCUAUUCGAGCAGAGCUCUGCCUUUUACGACGUCAUCAUCCUGCAAGUAGUGCUGGAGGAGCUGCGCAACCGCUCCCUGCCGCUGUACAACCGCCUGAUAUCGCUAACCAAGAGCGAGGACAAGCGCUUUUACGUCUUCUUCAAUGAUUUUCGCGUGGAGACGUACGUGAGAAGGGAGCCAAACGAGUCGGUCAAUGACAGGAAUGACCGCGCGGUGCGCCAGGCUGUCAAAUGGUACGGUGAGCACCUUGCGGCACAAGCCGGCAAGGGUGAGGCGCCCGCCGUCGUGAUGCUGACAGAUGAUCGCGACAACAUUCGCAAGGCAAAGAAGGAAGGCGUCGAGGCAUCCACUUUAAGAGACUACAUUGGCAGUCUGGCAAAUGGUGAGAACCUACUCGACCUUAUUCCCGAAUCCCAAAGCCAAGCACGCGAAGUCAUCAACAAGGGCUCCCAGCCACUCUACCCCGAGUACUUUACGCUAUCACGUAUGAUGACUGGCGUCAAGGCCGGUCUCAUGCAUCAAGGUAUCUUCAACGUCUCGCCAUACAACUAUCUCGAGGGAUCGAUUAAAGUGCCGGCUUUCGCCAAGCCGCUCAUCAUCCUGGGGCGAGAAAACAUCAACAGAGCCGUUGACGGCGAUCUUGUCGUUGUGGAGCUUUUGCCACAAGACCAGUGGAAACAGCCAUCCACGAAGAUUGUGGAAGAGGAAACGGUAACGAAGAACGAGGAUGCCGAUGCAGAGCAACAGGAUUUUGUCUCGGAUCGUGAGAAGAAGGCGUUGCAGGAGCAGGUUAAGCGCACACACAAGAGUGGCUCGGAAAGCCACCCACAGCCCACGGCCAAGGUUGUAGGCGUCAUCAAGCGCAACUGGCGGCAAUACGUUGGCCACAUCGACCCGUUGUCCGCCAGCAAGGGUCCCAGCCAGGGCCGCAAGCUGGACAGCGUAUUUCUCAUUCCCAUGGACAAGAAGAUUCCCAAAAUUCGCCUGCGCACGCGACAAGUAUCUGAGCUGCUGGGCAAGCGACUCUUGGUGACGAUUGAUGCAUGGGACCGCGAUUCAAGACACCCAGUCGGCCACUUUGUGCGGUCCUUGGGAGAGCUCGAAACCAAGGCCGCCGAGACCGAGGCCCUGCUUCUCGAGUGGGAUGUGCAAUACCGUCCAUUCCCCAAGACUGUUCUUGACUGCCUGCCCAAGGAGGGUCAUGACUGGCGCGUUCCUACUAGCACCGAUGAUCCUGGCUGGAGAGAUCGUGAGGAUUUGCGUGGUCUUCUUAUUUGCAGCAUCGACCCUGUCGGCUGCCAAGAUAUCGACGAUGCGCUGCAUGCGCGCAAGCUUCCCAACGGCAAUUACGAAGUCGGUGUGCAUAUUGCAGACGUCUCGCACUUUGUCAAGCCUGCCAAUGCCAUGGAUGCGGAAGCUAGCGUGCGCGGUACCACUGUCUAUCUUGUCGACAAGCGCAUCGACAUGUUGCCGCCGCUGCUAGGUACCGAUCUGUGUUCACUAAAGCCCUACGUCGAGCGCUACGCAUUUUCCGUCCUCUGGGAACUCAACGACAAUGCCGAUAUCGUGAAUGUGCGCUUCACAAAGUCGGUCAUCAAGUCGCGCGAAGCAUUUAGCUACGAACAGGCGCAGCUCCGCAUAGACGACGCCUCGCAGCAAGAUGAGCUCACGCAGGGCAUGCGCACGCUCCUCGCGCUGUCCCGCCGGCUCAAGAAGAAGCGCAUGGACGCGGGCGCGCUCAGCCUGUCCUCGCCCGAGGUCAAGGUGCAGAUGGAGUCGGAGACGUCUGACCCCAUUGACGUCAAGACGAAGGAGCUUCUCGACACCAACUCGCUCGUGGAGGAGUUUAUGCUGUUUGCCAACAUUUCCGUCGCUGCCAAGAUAUACGAGGCGUUUCCGCAGACGGCCAUUCUUCGUCGCCACGCCGCGCCGCCAAAGACCAACUUUGACGAGCUCGCCGAGCAGCUGCGCGUCAAGCGCGGCCUCGAGCUCCGCACCGACACAAGCAAGGCGCUCGCCGACUCGUUGGACACGUGCACCGACCCGGCCGAGCCCUUCUUCAACACCCUCGUCCGCAUCAUGGCCACGCGCUGCAUGAUGAGCGCCGAGUACUUUUGCUCGGGCACGCAGUCGUACCCCGAGUUUCGCCACUACGGCCUCGCGUCGGAGAUUUACACGCACUUUACGUCGCCUAUCCGUCGAUACGCCGACCUGCUCGCCCACCGGCAGCUCGCCGCCGCCAUUGAUUACGAGGCGGUGCACCCGACGGUGCGCAGCCGCGGCCGCCUCGAGGCCGUCUGCAAGAACAUCAAUGUGCGCCACCGCAAUGCGCAAAUGGCUGGCCGCGCCUCCAUCGCCUACUAUGUCGGCCAGGCGCUCAAGGGCCGCGUCGCCGAGGAGGACGCCUUUGUCAUGCGCAUUUUUAGCAACGGCCUCGUUGUGCUGGUGCCACGCUUCGGCAUCGAGGGCCUGAUUCGUCUGCGCGACUUGGCGGAGCCUGAGCCCGAGAGCGAGUUUGACGCCGAGACGUUUACGCUCACGACGACGGGUAGCCGCACGCUCAAGGUGGAGUUGUUCCAAAAAGUCAAGGUUAGGGUUCAUGACGAAAAGGACGAGAAGACGGGCAAGCGCGGUGUCAAGAUGGAGCUGAUUAGUGCAUGA